AUGGGUGACUUGCUUGAAGAGAAUGAUGUCCGGUCAAUCAGGAUCAUGGUCGUCGGCGACUCCAUGUCCCAAGGCCACGAGGGGGACUUCACAUGGCGAUACAGGCUCUGGCAGUGGCUCACACAACAGAAGGUCGACUUCCGGUUCGUCGGCCCCUACAAGGGGACGAAGACACCGGAGGAGCCGCGUCCGCCGCAGCCCCCGGCAUUGCUAGAUGAGUCGCCGACAGAAAACGCCAGUGUUCCAAUCGACCUUGGCGGCUACGCUGUUGGAGUUCACUUCGACUCUCAUCAUUUCUCGGUUUGGGGCCAACAAGCAACUCAAUGCCAAGCUCUGGUGCGAGACCAGGUGGAGCGGUUCAGACCACACUACAUGCUAGUCAUGCUGGGGUUCAACGACAUGGGAUGGGGUGUCACAGACGCCGAGGGCACCAUCGCCGCCAUGCAACAGUUGAUAGAGAGGGCACGCGCCGCGGAGCCGAAGCUCAGGUUCGCCAUCGCCGACGUGCCACAACGGGUUCCGGUCGACGGAACAGAGUACUUGGUUCCCAUGGUCGACAGGUACAACCGGCUGUUGCGAAUGUCAGUCAAGAAGUGGGGGACCAAGGAGUCUCCUAUCGAGCUGGCUGGGGUCUCGGACGGCUACGACUGUUCUCGUGGAAGCUACGACGGCUUGCAUCCCGACGCGUUUGGGGAGUUCCAGAUCGCCAGGGUCUUCUCUCAAAGCCUCGUCCGCGGAUACGAGAUUGGGACGGAUGAGUUGCAAAUCCCACGGGAAAUCCCUAAACGGCCCACCCCAAUGCCAGCAAAUAUUGACGCGAAAGCUGUACCGUACGGAAUUGCCGUGACCUGGGACUCGGUCUAUGGCGCUCUCGGCUACGACGUGAGAAGUCACGCCGACGACGGUUCCCCGUGGAAUGAGUCUCGCACCGCAGUAAGCCGAUUCGAUUCAGUCUGGACCGAGGAAGGGCAGGAAUAUCAGUAUCAAGUUCGGACAUACAAUGGCGAUCACCUUACAUCCGACUGGUCAAGAGUGGCGUCAGCAGUUGCGCAUCCAAAGACAGCCUCAGGCCCAAGAAGCAUCGUCACCAAACCCGACGCACAACAGGUCGCCAUCCAGUGGGAAGAGUUACCGGGACAACUAGGGAUUGGUCGAUACGAGAUUAUGCUGUUAGACCAGUCUUUUCCGGGCUCGUCCCCAUCUAGCUUUGGGGUGAAGGGGACAAACACAACGGUGCGAGACUUGGUGCCGGGUCACAAAUAUGGCUUGUCCAUCAGCACAUGGACAGAUGACGGAGGCGGGAUCCCGACAGUGGCCCGGAGCUUCGUCGCCGGACGGGGCAAGCCUCCAGUUCCCACUCAACUCCGUGUCGAGACCCGAAACUCCAAUGCGGUGCACCUCGAAUGGCAGGGCUCGGACGAUGCGGCGGGAUACAUUGUCUGGGUCCGCAGUCGUGUCGAGGAUUUGGGCUUCGCAGAGGACGGCGAGACGGAGUCCACGGACUAUAGCCUCACGUUUCUGAUUCUGGGCGCCUGGAACUUCGAGCUCUGUGUCUCUGCAUACAAUGGUGAUUUCGAAUCGGAGAGGUCAAGCUGCGUCGUGCCGCCAAGGAGCGACGGGGGCAUUGGCUCGGCCGUAGUGCCUCUGGGUUGA